UCGCGGAUCGCCGUUCUGUCACUUUGCGAAAGUUUGAAGUUUGGUGUGUGUGCAAAAGUGUGCGGCCGCGUUUCGUUGGCGAAAAAAUUGUAUCUGCAAAAUCUUCCGGCUUCCGGCGUUUCCUGUGCACUUCCGCCUCGCAAACGGAUCCGUGUUCGCAAAGGGGCACCACCAGCACUAGCAGGCAGUGAUUAAAUCAAUAAGCGUGGCCAAACACCAUUAAGCGUGCGCCCCCCCUCUCGCCAGUGAUAUAAUAGAUCCAAGUUAAGCAACAGCAGUUAGCAAGUGUAACCAAAAAAAAAAAGGAAGAAAAAAUAGCCUAACAAAAUAGUGUAAGAGCAGCAUCCAGCAGCAGCAGCAAGCAGCCACCAAAAUGAACAUCGAGAUCACGCCAAACUACUCGUACAUUUUCGACUUUGAAAAUGAGUUCAUCCACCAGGACACACGCGUCUGGAUGGUCAAAAACUGGACCUACGUGUUCUACUACUGUGGCAUCUACAUGGCGGUGAUCUUCGGCGGGCAGCAUUUUAUGCAAAACAGACCGAGAUUCGAGCUACGGGGACUACUAGCGAUAUGGAAUUCACUUCUAGCAAUGUUCAGCAUAAUGGGUGCCUUCCGGACAGCGCCAGAACUAGUGCACGUACUAAGGCAUUACGGCCUCUUCCAUUCCGUGUGUGUUCCGAGUUUCAUCGAACACGACCGAGUCAGUGGCUUCUGGACGUGGCUGUUUGUGCUGUCGAAGCUGCCCGAGCUGGGCGACACCGUGUUCAUCGUGCUGCGGAAGCAGCCGCUCAUCUUCCUGCACUGGUACCACCACAUCACGGUGCUGAUGUACAGCUGGUUCAGCUACACCGAGUACACCGCGUCGGCCCGUUGGUUCAUCGUGAUGAACUACUGCGUCCACUCGGUGAUGUACUCGUACUAUGCGCUGCGCGCCCUCAACUUUAAGCCCCCGCGCUCGAUCGCGAUGCUGAUCACGACGCUGCAGCUGACGCAGAUGGUGGUGGGCUGCGCGAUCAACAUCUGGGCCCACGGAUUCCUGCAGACCGCUGGGAAGGGCAGCUGUAACAUCUCCGAGAUGAACAUCAAGCUGUCGAUCGCGAUGUACUUUAGCUACUUUGUCCUGUUUGCGCGCUUCUUCUACAAGACCUACCUCUCGACGAACGCCCGCAAGGGCAAGCGCAUGGUCAAGACGACCGUCGGCGGCGGCAGCAACGUGGACCAGGUUCAGUACACCGCCAGCAGUAAACCGACGGUCAUCAGUGCCAGCCUCUCGGCAACGGCGACGACAGCAGCACAAAACGACAAAAUCAAAGCACAGUAAAGGGCUUUCUCUGCUUCACACAAACACACACACACACACUCAUACUGACUCAUUCACACGCAUGCAAAGCUAAACCUAAAAAAAAGGGAGACAAUUUCAGAGAAAGACAAAAAGUGUCCGCAGGUUCUGUGAGAAUCCUUAACACGACGAACAAAAAACACAUUGCACGCACAGAACGUGGCGGCAUAUCUUCGCGGGGUUUGGAACACAAACCUCUUUCCCAAGUCAUCUUUCCACGUUUUCAUUUGUUUUUCGAUUAUUAUCAUUAUUAUUAUUAUUUUCUUGUUCAAAGGGUAGUGAGUACAGACUAAAUAGGUGUUAGUUCUAUUCAAAAUGAGUAAAUUCUUAGCGCGUCAGCGCAGCAGCACGAGGACCUUAGAAGCUACCCGCAGAAACUAUCGUUAACUUGUUCUAACCAUUUCCAACCACCCUACAUUUACGCUCGAAUGUGUUCAUUUGUUGGUUUUAAAGAAGAAAAAAAAGCUCAAACGUUGAAUUAAAUCGUACCUCGAUGCUUAAUUUUUCCCCACACCGCGUAGUUUCCUUGCUGCUGUACCGGGUUUUCCGCGCGGAAAACUAGCUCUCUCUAACCCACCCCCUCCUUCUUAAAGUGUGCGCCCACGGUGAGUAGCAGCUUGGAUCGGUUCGGAACGAACAUCACGUUUCCGCUUUCGUCUCUGUGGGCAGAUCUAUUUGAAAAGGCGAAAAGAUUUGAAUGAUCGGCAAGAAAGUUUGUGCGUAAUCUCGAGCGCGAGAAUGUUCACAAGCUAAAUUUUGGAAAUGAAGCGCGCAGCGAAAUUUACUGAAGAGCUUUCAAAUAGAUGGAGCUCAUGAGGGGGAAAGCGCAGGGUGGCCACUCAAAAUCGGAAAAAUUAGAACAAAACGCACCUUUAUCAACCUUUAGAUGAAUGGUUUUUUGCUGAGAUUUUAAUGAAGUUUCAACAAUUAUUUUCAGUUUUUUUCAGAAAGCCAGAUUAAAAAAAACGUUAAGGUUUGAGAUUAUUUUCUUCAAAUUCUGGAAAAUUUAACUUAAAUGGUGAAGUUAUGUGACAGAGCAUCUAGAUCUGAAAAAAUAAAAAUAAUACUCUGGUUUUUAAUUAAAAUUUUAGUAUUGAAACAUGAAAUCUGAGUGACGAUAUUUUUGGCAGGGUUGCCAAUUUUCAAUAAAAAAUCUGAAUUUACUUUCUUAACUUAGAAAGGGUAUACAGAUAUUCAUGGUUUCCACACUGAAAGGUUUCUCAAACUACUAAUGUAUAAAAUUAUGGUUUUCUUUUUUUAAACAAAUCUCACCCUAUUACAUAUUUGUGAAACGUUACGUUGUGAAACUCCAAAUUUGUCAUUCUUAAAUUGCGAAACGGCCUACUUUUCAUCACAAUAAUUAAAAGUACUGAAAAGUCUCGGACUUCCAAUCGAGCUGUCAAAUCAUGGUUCCAAUCGAGCAGUAAGACCUUUCAAGAAUAAGAACGGAAACAAUUUGAAUUGUUUUUUGGUCAAAAAACAAAAUUGUAAGCAUUCAGUGAAACUAUUUUUCCUAAUUAUUUUUAGUAAAAAUAAAAGUUUCACAAGUGAUGUUAAAAAUCUUGUUUUAUUGCUAAAAAAUAUUAAAAAGUGAUUCCAACCUUGUUUUUGCAAAGCCUCGAAUGAAACAUUGAUUUGACAGCUAUUUUGGAAGCCCGAGAGUAACUUUGCGUCCCUCCAUGUAAACUGUUUAAUGACUUCGUUUUAUCAGUGUUGUAAAUGAGUGAUAAACAAAUAUCAUUUGACGAUUCCUGCACCAAAUUAUUAGAAGUUAUAACGACCGUCACAAAAGUUUUUGAGUUGUCUUCUUAUAUCUCGUGAUUGCCAAUGAGAUUCUCUUUCUAUCACUCCUUCUCUUUUGCUCGAUCAGCUCACUCACCGAAGAAUAUUUAGUUUUCUCACCUUUAUGGCUACGCUGAGAGAGAAAAGAGUCGCACGAGAUUGUGUACACACGAGAUAGAGAUCGAUGAACUUUUUUGCUGAGAAGAAUGAUAUUUCGGGCAUGAUAAUGGUAGUUACUGAGAACUGAAAGUUUGCUAUUUUUUUAACACUUUGUGUUAUUUUUUCUAAAAAAAAUAAAAACGGGAUGUCCUCAGUUUUUAAGAACAGCUCGAUCAAAUCUAGAGUUUGUUUUUUUUUUUAAUAGAUCUUAUAAACAUAUAAAAGGCAAUAGCUUAUAGGACCAUAAAAAAAAACUCUGGAAAUGAAAUAUUUUGGUAAUAUAGUGAGACAACAUGAUGCUUUUUUUAAGUCCAUCUGGGCCCACAAACUGAGCGAGAAUAUCGCAAUAAAAAGAGCCUCUUAUCACUCGUUUGCGAAGAAUCGGCGAAAUUGAGGAUCCAUGAGUGAUUUCGAGUACAUUUCAGGAGUUUUUUUUUUUUAAAGGUCCGAUGAUCCAAAUUUCCAGUUUUUGCUUUUUGGGUGUUUUUGAAACCGCCUUGAGGUUUUAAAAAACACCCAAAAAGCAAAAACUGAAAAUUUGGUUUAUUGGACCUUUUCAAAAAAACGCCAGAUUUGCAGAUUAUUGUCACAUUUCAUAAAAUCAUAAAAUGUCAUCUCCUUUUUUUGAAAAUUCGAGGAUGAUUUUAUCAUGAUAUUUUCAGUGUGAAUAAUUUAAUUUGAAAAAAAACCUUAUUUUUAUAUUUGAAAAAUCUAGGAAAUGAACUGAAAUUCUAAAUUUAGAUUUGAGUAACCACCCUGAAAAUGUGAUUUCCUGUACUUUCUAAUCUAGACAAUAAAUUUCCCCCUCCUCGUAAUAAGCAUUUAACGAGAUUUUCGCGUGCAAGCGGGUAGUUUUAGCAGGUAACAAAAAGCUUCAAACGAUUAGCUAGCCCCAAAGUUUGAGCGAAGGGUCCUCACUGCUGUGUCGCUUUCGAACCGCGUGCGUACUGUUUGGGCCUAGCCCCACUGUUUUCCCCGUUCCCCACAUUAAUUUAUACAUCUUCUAAAAAUCUUGUUUUUGCGCUCUUGCAAAACACUGCUCAAAAGUUUCAAUCCACCCGCCCCUGAACUAUAUCUCCCUCUCCUUCUCUCUUGUUACUGGUAUUCGUACGAAGUAGUCUUGAGUUAGGCCGUAAGUUGUUUUUUCGGAAGAUCCUUGUGUAAAUAAUCUUUUCUAGUGAACAAAACAACCAUUUAAAAAAGGAUAUCGCGUUAAGCAGCUAUAAACUAUAACGACCUUAGGGCUGAGAUACCAUUGCGAGAAAUGCUGAUGAAAUAACAAAAAAAAAACAAUGCAAAGCAAAGCUAACAUAAACCAAUCCCACAAUUGAGAAAUUCUAAAAAGUAAAACAAACCGUUGUUGCAAUAGAAAUUACACAAAUUUUGCGGUUCAUCCCGUCCUAGGAAGAAAACAAGAAAAAUAAAUCCACUCAAGGAAACAGCAUGAACAAAUGAUUCGCUUUUUGUUGCGUAGCAGAAACAAAUGUGUGCUCCCUUCUAAAAAAAAGAAUAAAACUUUUCAACCCCGAACUAGCGAAAAACAAAUUUAACAAAAUGCCACAGAAAAAAAAAAAACCGCAAAAACGUGGCGGUGCGAUGUGUGGUGAGAAAGGAAUUCCUCAUUGUGUAAAUAUUCUACCGAACAAAAAUGAGCUUUCGCCGUUUGCGUGUCACGCGUUACAACAAAAACCGCACAUUGUGUCCGCGUUUGCAGUGCAACCUUUUUUAGAACAUUCCUUGGUGCGGGUGUGCGCGGCAUUUAAGGACGAAGCAGCAAAAACAAUAGAUCAAAAAUACAGCAAAUUACACAGAACAAGUUGAAAGAAGUUUUCGAAAAAUACAUGACAUUGGUUUCUUUUCGUUUUUUUUUUCUUGUGUGAAACUAGCAAAAGUAAUAUUUCUAUUGUUUGCUAAUCACACACGCACACACACACACAAAUGUGUUCUGUUAACAAUUGAUUGAGUGAAAGUGUUUGAAUUUUGUUUUCGUUUGAAUUUCUUUGGUUGAUUAUUUGUAUCGAAAAUACAAACAAACACAUAAGCUUUAAACACACACUCACACAAACAACAAUAUAUUUAUUAUGGCUGAAAAAUUUCAUCAACAGAGAAAAUAAAGAGAAAGAAACACAACAACUUCGCUACAUUCGUAAAAGUAUCACAAAGAGGUGGAUAAAAAGGCAAACAAUAAUUAACUCAAAAUGAAAAACAAAACAAAAUGUAACAGAAAAAAAAGUGUUAACAAAAAAUAUGGUUCAUUACUAGCAGUGUGGAGUAAAGAAGGAGAAAAAUCUACCUAUAGUUCAUAAACUGUAACAGUGACUACAAGCAAGCAAAGCAAAAACAAACAUUUAAAAAAGGGGAAAAAAUUUCAACUAGUGAAAAAAUAGUAUUAAAAAAAAACAAAUAACAAAACAACAAAAAAUGGUUCUGUAUUGUUUCUUCUAUUACUUAUUGUGUAUGGAAAACUGCGAA